AUGUCUCACAACUAUCCCUUCGGCUUGUCCGACCCUACUUGUGUCAAUCUCAAUACUGCCUCCGCCAGGGACGUGACCUGUUACAUCCAAUAUUCUGGCAACGACUACAAUGGAAAUCUUGGGGCGCGCGUCUCUUCCGUCUUCGUCAUUCUCUUUGUAUCGUCGGCGGUGACCUAUUUCCCUGUCCUGGCGACCAGAGUGAAGCGAUUGCGGAUUCCACUCUAUGUCUACCUCUUCGCUCGCUACUUCGGAACGGGAGUUAUCAUUGCGACAGGCUUUAUCCAUCUCCUCGACCCGUCAUACUACGAGAUCGGCAUGAACACAUGUGUCGGCAUGACCGGCGGAUGGGACCUGUAUUCAUGGCCACCGGCAAUUGCCCUGUCGACUGUCAUGUUGACGUUCCUGAUGGAUUUCCUCGCCGAGCGUUACGUGGAGAAAAAGUACGGGAUUACUCAACACGACAAUGUCAACCCAACCGACAGCCAUCUCCGCUCAGGCUCAGUGGACGCGGCGAUGCUACGCUACGAUCUCUCGCGGCGUCGGUCAUCCCGUGUUCACGCUGAUGCUGAAGGACGAAACGAAACAAUUCAAGGAGAGCAGUCGCCUUCACAAAGAGAACUGACGGAGCCUAAGAACGCGCAGACAAUUGCUCAAGACGAUGGACUGGGUAUCGAAGAGGAGAAAGACCGUGCUGCGACUUUAGCUUUUCGGCAACAGAUUGCGGCCUUCUUGAUCCUCGAAUUCGGCAUCCUGUUUCACAGUGUGAUUAUUGGUUUGACGCUUGGAACAUCCGGCCCAGAGUUCUCGGUCUUAUACCCUGUCAUCGUCUUCCACCAGUCCUUUGAAGGCCUUGGUAUCGGGGCUCGUCUGUCCGCAAUUCCAUUCCCGAAGCGGUACAGCUGGAUGCCCUGGUGGCUGUGUGCCGGCUAUGGCCUCACCACGCCGAUUGCCAUUGCGGCUGGCCUUGGCGUCCGGACCACCUACAACUCCAACAGUUAUACGGCCAACGUUGUCUCUGGACUACUAGACUCGAUUUCUGCAGGUAUCUUGAUCUAUACCGGGUUGGUGGAGCUCAUGGCUAGAGACUUCUUGUUCAGCCCUGACCGCACCAACAACGACAAGCAGUUGGCGUUUAUGACUGUCUCGAUGCUUCUAGGUGCAGGGAUAAUGGCCCUACUUGGGAAGUGGGCAUAA